ACUGAUAUCGCCUACAACAAAGGUUAAUGCAUACACACACACACACCUUUUAACGUUCACACAUUCUCAGACUCAAAGGUUAGUGUGUCUCAGGGUGUAAAGACGCCAUGAAGGCAUACAGUGUGCUGUGUUUAAGCAUGUGUGUGUUUUUAAUUGGAGCUCUGGAAGAAGGAGAUUCAACAGAAAUCCAAGAGGAUGACAACGUUCUGAUACUGACAAAAAACAACUUCAGACGAGCACUUAAACAGCACGAGCAGCUAUUGGUGCACUUUUAUGCUCCUGUCUCUCGUGAGUCUCUUGGCUCGAUUCUGGAGUUCAGAAAGGCAGCCGGUGUGCUGAAGGACACGCAAUCUGCUGUGAGGCUGGGAGGAAUAGAUGUCAAUAAGGAAAAACAGCUCGCCACAUUGUUUAAUGUCACGUCAGUGCCAUCGCUGCGACUGUACCUGUCUGGAGAUAAGAGCAACCCGGUGUACUGUCCUGAUCUAAAGAGCUCCUCCUCCAUCCUGACAUGGCUUAAAAGAAGAGAUGGGCCGAGUGCUGACAUCAUAAGUGAUCUCACCCAUCUGGAAAAGUUUAUGGGUGAAGAUGAACUUGUGGUUCUGGGAUUAUUCAAGGAUCUUAAAGGUGACGUUGUGAAAGUGUUUUAUGAAGUAGCGCUUCACAUUGCUGACCUGCCGUUCGGAGUAACAGGAAGUCAUGAGAUCUCCAGCAAGUUUGACAUUAGCACGGACACCGUUCUCCUCAUCAGGAAGAAUAAACCUGACAAACAGCUUAAGAUGGAAAACGGCACAACGAAGGAAGUUGUUGUUGAGUUUAUCAGACACCAUGAGAUGGAACUUGUGACCGAGUACAAUGGAAUGACAGCAUCUAAGAUCCUGAACUCUGUGGUGCUGAAUCACUUGCUUUUAUUCAUUAAUAAGGUCGAGGAAGGGUUUGGGGAGAUAUAUCGUGCGUUUGAGAACACGGCAGAAAAAUUCAAAGGAAAGGUUCUGUUUGUGAUGGUCGAUGUAAACGAGACACGAAAUGGGCGCAUAAUGGAGUAUUUUCGCGUGAGGGUGGAAGAGGCGCCUCUGGUCCGUAUGGUUAAUUUAUCAGACAACGUUCAAUAUCACCUGCCCUCUGAUCAGUUUGAUGAACCUAAUCUUACAAAGUUCUGUCUGAGUUACCUGGAGGGAAAAGCUAAGCCAAAGCUGCAAAGUGAACCAAUUCCUGAAAACUGGGACAAACAGCCAGUGAAAGAACUGGUUGGGAUGAACUUUGAAAAAGUGGCCUUCAACCAUGACAAAAGUGUCAUUAUUUUGUUCUAUGCACCCUGGGAUCCAGAGAGUCGUGCUGCGUUUCCAUUGUGGGAGGAGCUUGCAAAACACUUCAGUGACGACGAAGAUAUUGUUGUCGCCAAGAUUGACAUCACUGCCAAUGAUGUAAACAUUCAUCUAAGAGAAAAAUAUCCAUCGAUACAUUUUUUUCCUGCAGUUUAUUCAGAGAGGGUGGUGUCUUAUUCUGGCAAAUGGAAGUUGAAGGCUAUAGUUAAAUUUAUGGAAAAGGAAAUUAAAAAGGCCAAAAAGGACAGAGUUAAGGAGGAGGAAUGGAGAAAGCAACAUCUUAAUCAUCAGAAUGCUGCAGAGAAAGAUGAACUCUAAAUCAUCCACGAUUUUUUUUCCAAUAAUUUGUUAAUGUUUGAAAUAAAACUUGAAACUUGAUAUAAA